ACACAAACCGUUUACUCCAAACGCUGUUGACUUUUGUUUUUAAACGAAAGUUGUAGUUCAGUGGUGUCUCGCUUCAAAAAAUAAAUACGCGUCUGGAAGAAAUUGUAACGCCACUUGAGAGCAUGGAAUAGUCAGUCAACAGAUUGUACGUGCCGUUGAAGAGCGUUCGGAGCCGUUCCUGUUGCUAAACGUUUUGCGAUAGAAUCGACGUAAUGAAUACACCCUCGACCAGCCGCUCUCCUGUCGGCUGGCUAUCAUCUGAAUCUGUUAGUGGCUUUGGGUGUCUGACUACUUACUCUUCGUGCCCGCCGUCACCAUGACAGCAGAGGAGAUCAUCAAUGUGAAGGAGGUGGAGAUCAUCAAGGUGAUCCUGGACUUCCUCAACUCCAGGAAACUUCACAUCAGCAUGCUGGCCCUGGAGAAAGAGAGCGGCGUCAUCAACGGACUCUAUUCUGACGACAUGCUGUUCCUCAGACAGCUGGUGUUGGAUGGGCAGUGGGACGAGGUGCUCCAGUUCAUUCAGCCGUUGGAGUGCAUGGACACGUUUGACAGGAAAAGGUUCCGUUACAUCGUCCUGAAGCAGAAGUUUCUGGAGGCCCUGUGUGUGAACAACGCCAUGUCAGCUGAGGACGAGCCACAGCAUUUGGAGUUCACCAUGCAGGAGGCAGUGAAGUGUCUUCAUGCUCUGGAGGAGGUCUGUCCCUCUAAAGAUGACUACAGCAAGUUAUGUCUGCUCCUCACCCUGCCUCGUCUCACCAACCACGCUGAGUUCAAGGACUGGAACCCCAGCACGGCGCGGGUGCACUGUUUUGAAGAGGCGUGCACCAUGGUGGCAGAGUUCAUCCCUGCAGACAGGAAGCUGAGCGAAGCUGGGUUCAGGGCCUCAGGGAACCGCCUCUUCCAACUCCUCAUUAAAGGAGUUCUGUAUGAGUGCUGCGUCGAGUUCUGCCAGAGCAAGGCGACAGGCGAGGAGAUUACGGAGGGCGAGGUGCUCCUGGGGGUGGACAUGCUGUGUGGGAACGGCUGUGACGACCUGGACCUGUCCUUACUGUCCUGGAUGCAGAACCUGUCACACAGCGUCUUCUCCUGCGCCUUCGAGCAGAAGCUGCUCCAGAUCCACGUGGACCGCCUGGUCAAGCCCGCCAAGGCCGGCUACGCAGACCUCCUCACCCCGCUAAUCAGCAAGCUGUCCCCCUACCCCUCCUCGCCCCUCCGCCGCCCCCAGUCCGCCGAUGCCUACAUGUCCCGCUCCCUGAACCCGGCCCUGGACGGGCUGUCCUAUGGUCUGUCUGGCCAGGAGAAGAGGGGCCCAGGGGGGGACAUGGCGGGGGGGAAGGGGGUGUCCCCCAUGUCUCAUUCCUUCGCUAACUACCACACGGGGGGCCAGAGUCUGAGCAGGAGUCUGAUGCUGGAGAGCUCCGACUGCCACAGCAUCUUUGAGGAGUCGCCUGAGAGCUCCAGGACGGACACGCCCGUAGAUAAGAUGAUGAGUUCGGGCACCCUGCGCCCUGACUCUGCCCCUGGAGAGGACGCCCCGUCACCAGGCUCUACAGAGAGGAACGAGCUGCAUGACUCGACAGAGAAGUUUGAGGAGUUUUACCGCCAGCGUCUGAGAGUGCAGCAGCACCUGGAACAGAAGCAGCAGCAGAGACAACUCUACCAGCAGAUGCUUCUGGAGGGAGGGGUACAACACAGUGACCAGCCAGCCCCCGGGACAGACGCCAUGCAGCACAGCCUCACUGAGACGUUCCUCAACAGGUCUAUUCAGAAGCUGGAGGAGUUGAACGUUGGGAUGGAGAGUCUAGAUGAGGAUGUCCAGUCUCUGGCCCAGCAGUGCAAUGGUACCGGCCCCUCUCCCGAGAACAACAAUAUCGGUGACCCUGUAGGCUUGACCCCUGACACCGCCGUGACCCUGACCCCCGAGCAGGGCCAGCCCCAUGGAGGAGGGGUGGUCAGCAGCACGCCACAACGCACCGCAGCGGGUCGGGGGGUACACCCACCGAACGAAUCCCCAGUGGUCUGCCAGAGUCCUCAAGUAGCCGGACAGCCUUCCGCAUUAGACGACUCACCAGGAGCCCUAACCCGAAGUAAGGAGGGGGACAACGGAGACAAGCCCAAGGCCCUGUUUGUAGCUGUGAACACCUUGGAGGACACUCAGGCAGUACGCGCUGUAGCCUUCCACCCCACGGGGGCGCUAUACGCUGUGGGCUCCAACUCUAAGACGCUACGCGUGUGUGCCUACCCAGAUGCACCGCUGGACACCAGUGGGGUGUCGGGUAUGACCAAGCAGCCGGAGGUUCGCUUUAAGAGGAAUAAGCACCAUAAAGGUUCUAUCUACUGUGUGGCCUGGAGUCACUGUGGAAAGCUACUAGCCACCGGCUCCAAUGACAAAUAUGUCAAAGUCCUGCCCUUCAGUGCCGAGACCUGCAACGCCACAGGUCCAGACCUGGAGUUCAGUAUGCACGACGGUACCAUCAGAGACCUGGCGUUCAUGGAGGGUCCAGAGAGUGGAGGGGCCAUCCUGAUCAGCGCCGGAGCCGGAGACUGUAACAUCUACACCACUGACUGCCAGAGAGGACAGGGCCUACACGCUCUCAGCGGACACACAGGUCACGUUCUGUCUCUGUAUACGUGGGGAGGGUGGAUGAUAGCGUCAGGCUCUCAGGACAAGACUGUGAGGUUCUGGGACCUGAGGAUACCCACUUGUGUUAGAGUGGUGGGCACUGCCUUCCAUGGAUCAGGCAGUCCCGUUGCCUCGGUAGCGGUUGACCCUAGCGGUCGUCUCCUAGCGACGGGACAGGAGGACAGCGGCUGUAUGCUCUAUGACAUCAGAGGGGGACGCGUUGUGCAGACGUACCGGCCCCACUCCAGCGACGUGCGCUCCGUUAGGUUCUCCCCCGGGGCACACUACCUGCUCACUGGUUCCUACGACACCAAGGUCAUGAUCAGCAACCUGCAAGGUGACUUGACGAAGCCGUUGCCCCUGACUCUGGUAGGGGAGCACGGUGACAAGGUGAUCCAGUGCAGGUGGCAUACACACGACCUGUCCUUCCUCUCCUCCUCUGCUGACCGUACCGUCACACUCUGGACACACAACCCCUAACAGACACACACUCACGCAACACAACCCCUAACACACACACGACCUGUCCUUCCUCUCCUCCUCUGCUGACCGUACCAUCACACUCUGGACACACAACCCCUAACAGACACACACUCACGCAACACAACCCCUAACAGACACACACGACCGAUCCUUCCUCUCCUCCUCUGCUGACCGUACUGUCACACUCUGGACACACAACCCCUAACAGACACACACGACCGGUCCUUCCUCUCCUCCUCUGCUGACCGUACCGUUACACUCUGGACACACAACCCCUAACAGACACACACUCACGCAACACAACCCCUAACAGACACACACGACCGGUCCUUCCUCUCCUCCUCUGCUGACCGUACCGUCACACUCUGGACACACAACCCCUAACAGACACACACUCACGCAACACAACCCCUAACAGACACACACGACCUGUCCUUCCUCUCCUCCUCUGCUGACCGUACCGUCACACUCUGGACACACAACCCCUAACAGACACACACUCACGCAACACAACCCCUAACAGACACACACUCACGCAACACAACCCCUAACAGACACACACGACCUGUCCUUCCUCUCCUCCUCUGCUGACCGUACCGUCACACUCUGGACACACAACCCCUAACAGACACACACUCACGCAACACAACCCCUAACAGACACACACGACCUGUCCUUCCUCUCCUCCUCUGCUGACCGUACCGUCACACUCUGGACACACAACCCCUAACAGACACACACUCACGCAACACAACCCCUAACAUGCACAUAGCUUGUGAACACACACAAAUAUAGACACACAAACACAACCCCUAAGUCACAUAUAGUGGACAUGCCUAACCUGUAAUACACAACCUGGACACACACAUGCACCCUUUUCCUGACACUCUUUUUCCUCUUGCAGCAAACAGGACAGUUUGUCCCGCUGUACAUUUGGUUGUGUGGCUGUCUGUGGGUAUCGUUUAGCUGUAUUUCGGUUUGAUUUCGUAUCUUGCUCAGCUCCCCUCAACAUCACUGCUUCUGUGAACAACUCUCACUUUAGCAAAUGCAUCCCCUAGUUGUGUGUGUGUGUGUGUGAGUGAGGGAAAUGGAGAGUGAAAAAGUGCACCGACUGACCCUUCCCUUCGCUCUAUUAUGCCAUUCCUCCACUCGCCCAUGACUCUUUUCAUAUUCAUCUACCAAUGAUACAUCUACUCCAUCAUGUUUUGAAUAAGGAGAGGGAUGUUUUGCUACAGUGCAUUGUUUCAUAUGGUGUCUUGAGUUAUCUAGUCUCCCAAUACAGAAACCCAUGUGGGUCCCUCUCCAUUUCAGGUCAAAAAGUUAUCUGUGAGAUCUUUCCAAGAACAAAUUGACAUUCCUAAUUAGUUUGCACAGUCAGUGUUUUUGUUACAGCGUGUGUUACUAUGCUGCUAUUAUUUGAGAAGAAACCAAGGCAACGAUGUUGCGAUCUAAACUGCUGACAAUAUGUCAGUGUGUGACUCAGUACAUCAGGUCCUCCUUGCCGGAGUUGAAUCUGUUGCAUAGGUCGAUCAAUUAGCUAUCGGUUGCUUAGCUGUUGUCAAUACUACUACUGUGGGAGUUUCCGAUGCCUAACGUUCCUGUGCAAGUCUGCCCACCGUAUUUCUGCUUUAGGCUUUGUAAAUAUCGGAGUCAAAAAUGUGUACGUUUUUAAUGCUGAAUCAGUGUUUGGUGCAAAAUGCUCUCUUCAGACAGUUGUUGUGGUGUUUCUUGCUUAGGCUUGCCUCCAAAUAGGAAAAAUAAAAGUUGUUUUAUAUCGACUUGGAAGGGAAUAACAGAUCUACUUGUUGGCUUGGCCAGCUUCAGCGUACGGUUAAGCAACACUCCCUGUGUAGUGUAGCUUUGCUUUCAUCUGCAAUGUUACUGGUUGCUACCUAGAUGGCAGGCUCUGCCUAUUUCGAAAGGGAGUAGCUUGUGCACAAUAUCUUGUAAAACGAUCAACCGUAUUAAGGGUGUUUUGCGUUUCUUACUUUCAGCUUCUGUAUUUUGCACUGUCACUAGACACACCAUUUAAUACGGUUUUGUUUGAUUUAGCAAAAUGCAGGCUUGAGUUUUAGGCUUUGUUCUUUGUACAGUUUCUCAUUUUAAAUUAAAAGGCCAAACUAAUAAAUAGAUGUAUUUAUUUAUCUUUUAUUAUUUUAAAAUGUUCUUGUAAUAUAGGCAUCCUGUUCUGUUGAUAUGAAAUUAGAUAGUGGUUCCGGUAUGUAGCUUUUCUAAACCUUGUUUUAAGUGACUAAGAGAAAUGAAUAGAGCUUAUUGAAGUGUGAUCGCUGCUGUGGUAUCUAAAUAAAAUCCUCUUUGACAUUUCA